GCCUUCCCUCCCUAAAGUGUAGAGCAGGAGCGCGGGGGAGCGCGGCGGCGCCUCUGCCACCAAACUCCCGGGGCUCCCGGGUGUUCAGAGUCACCUCCUCCCUAGCCAGCAGGAGCUCUUUCACUAGGCUGCAUCCUCACUUUCCCUCGUUUUUCUUUUUCUUUAAAAAGCACAUUUCCCCAGUCUCUCUUCAGAUCACCGCAGCCCGGACCUUCCCUGGUUCCAGUCUCCGGAGCUGCCCACCCCUCCGGCUGCCGCCGGGGACGCGCGCCCAGCCUUGGGCUAAGCAAAGAAGAAAAACUUGUUGGAGGGGUUUCUCCAGCCUCCACGAACCUCCUCUCUCCUGAACCCCAACAGCUCGCCAGGGCCAGUCCUAAGUCUGGGAAAGUUCCUCCGGUGCUCAGCGCCCUCUUGGAUCUGGAACAGCACAGGCUGUGGAAUUAGAUCUGUUUUCAACCCAGUGGAGCGCGUCGCGGGCGCUCGGAAAUCACCGUCUCCGGGCGCCCAGGGUGGCGCAGCCUACGAGGACCCGGGAGUUUGCCGGCUGGACUGCAAGUGGCCUUUCCUUCCUCUCUUGGUAGUUCGGUCUAGUCUGAGGGCUGUGAGGGAGGCAAGUAGUGGAAAGACCCCCGAAGUCCGGAGAGGGCUGUGCUGCCCCUCCUUCGCUCAUCGCUACCCGGGAGUGAAACCCUAGCGAAACUGACAGAGGCCUCGGGAUCUCACCGGAGACUCACCCGUGUCACCCCAUCCCCACGAAGAUCCCCGGAGCACUGGGCGGCAAGGGAAGAAGAAGAUUCGCUGGGCAAGGGAGGGAGGUCGCGGCAGAGGCAUGGCGAGAUUCCAGGGGCCCAACCUGGCCGCUGCAGGAGUUGUGUUACUUUGCCACUUUUUAACCGGCCGGUUCCAGUUCGCCCUCGGGGAGCCUGGAAAUCAAAUCAACGAUUGGACAUAUGAGGUUGCGAAGGCCUUUCCUCAGAGAGAAGAGGGGGUAGAAGUGGACUCACAAGCGUACAGCCACCGGUGGAAAAGAAAUGUGGACCCCUUUAAGGCAGUAGACACAAACAGAGCCAGUGUGAGCCAGGACCUACCAGAAGCCAGAGGCUUCACCGAUCUGCUGCUGGAUGACGGGCAGGACAACAGCACCCAGAUUGAGGAGGACACAGAUCACAAUUACUACAUAUCCCGGAUAUAUGGCCCAGCGGAUUCUGCCAGCCGGGAUCUGUGGGUGAACAUAGACCAAAUGGAAAAAGACAAAGUGAAGAUUCAUGGGAUACUGUCCAACACUCAUCGGCAAGCUGCAAGAGUGAAUCUGUCCUUCGAUUUUCCAUUUUAUGGUCAUUUUCUACGUGAAAUCACUGUGGCAACUGGGGGUUUCAUAUACACUGGAGAAGUUGUUCAUCGAAUGCUAACAGCCACACAGUAUAUAGCACCUUUGAUGGCAAAUUUUGAUCCCAGUGUAUCCAGAAAUUCAACUGUCAGAUACUUUGACAAUGGCACAGCACUUGUUGUCCAGUGGGAUCAUGUCCACCUGCAGGAUAAUUACAACCUGGGAAGCUUCACAUUCCAGGCAACACUCCUCAUGGAUGGACGCAUCAUCUUCGGAUAUAAAGAAAUCCCUGUCUUGGUCACACAGAUAAGUUCCACCAACCAUCCAGUGAAAGUCGGGCUGUCCGAUGCAUUUGUCGUUGUCCACAGGAUCCAGCAAAUCCCCAAUGUCCGAAGAAGAACAAUUUAUGAAUAUCACCGAGUAGAACUACAAAUGUCAAAAAUUACCAACAUCUCAGCCGUGGAGAUGACCCCACUCCCCACCUGUCUCCAGUUCAAUGGCUGUGGUCCUUGUGUAGCCUCUCAGAUUGGCUUCAACUGCAGUUGGUGUAGCAAACUUCAAAGAUGCUCCAGUGGAUUCGAUCGCCAUCGGCAGGACUGGGUGGAUAGUGGAUGCCCGGAAGAGGUACAGUCAAAAGAGAAGAUGUGUGAGAGAACAGAGCCAGCUGAGACUUUUCAAACUACCACGACCUCACACACAACCUCCAUGCAAUUCAGGGUCCUGACCACCACCAGGAGAGCCGUGACAUCACAGCUGCCCACCAGCCUGCCUACAGAAGAUGACACGAAGAUAGCACUGCAUCUAAAAGACAGUGGAGCCUCCACAGAUGACAGUGCAGCUGAGAAGAAAGGAGGAGCCCUUCAUGCUGGCCUCAUCGUUGGAAUCCUCAUCCUGGUCCUCAUUAUAGCAGCGGCCAUUCUGGUGACAGUUUAUAUGUAUCACCAUCCAACAUCAGCAGCCAGCAUCUUCUUCAUUGAGAGACGCCCAAGCAGAUGGCCAGCCAUGAAGUUUCGAAGAGGCUCCGGACAUCCUGCCUAUGCAGAAGUUGAACCAGUUGGAGAGAAAGAAGGUUUUAUUGUAUCAGAGCAGUGCUAAGAUUUUAGGACAGGGCGGCACCAGUACUGGCUUACAGGUGUUGAGACUAAAACUUUGCUUAGACCUUUAAGACAAACAGACACACAUCCACAACCACACACAGAGGAGCCCUAAACUGCUGUAGCCAGAAGGGAGAUGAGAUUUCUGGAUGAGCCCAGUCCAGGAACAUUGAAAGGAAAACUCAGACUUGUACAAGACACCAUGUACACUGAAGAUAGAAUUCCCUAGCGGAAUGAUAUCCAGGGUCCACAAGGAACAUCUCCUGUGGACUUGCCAGAAGUGUGACAAGAUGACGAUGAUUUCGGUGUAGGUGCAGGGUUGCAAAGGGAUCAAGGAAAAAAAUAAUGAUAAUAAAUAAAGCUUUAGUUCACAAGGGAUCUCCACCUUUGGUUCAAAUGUUCUUCUCUGAUGUCUCAAAGAUAACUGUGUUCCAAAGUCUGAGCACUUUCCCUGGAAAGAGCAAGGAUGAAUGUUUCAAGGUUGCAGGGGACAGCAGACCAUGCGAGAGCAAAAUCAAAUACACAUGGAAGUUUUUCUAUCUUUUCCAAAAUGACUU